AUGUCCUCCGCCAUGCGCCUGCCUCUCACACUCGCGCGCCGCACCCUCGCACCGCGCGCCGCCGUGCGCGCCGCCGCGCCGGCCCGGAGCUUCGCCUCGUCGCCGCGGCGGCUGGCCGAGGCAUCGGGCUCGGCAGAUGCCAAGCUCGUGGGCAUUGUGGACCAGGUGGAGAAGCUGACGCUGCUCGAGGCGGCCGAGCUCGUGUCGCUGCUCAAGCCAGAGGCGGGCAGCACGACCUUCAUCGCACAGGGGAGCGCCGCUGGCAGAGCUACUGUCGCACGACAUGCGUCCGAUCUGACUGACUCCGCUUUGCCUCCACAGACGCGUCUGGGCAUCGAGUCGAUCGCCAUGCCCUCGGCCGCACCAGCGGCCGCCGCGCCGGCUGCCGCCGCACCAGCCGAGGAGGAGAAGCCAAAGGAGAAGACGAUCUUCACAGUGCGCCUUGCGGGCCUCAAGGACCCCACGGCAAAGGCAAAGGUGAUCCGCGAGGUCAAGGCGCUCAACUCUACAAUGCGUCUAGAGGAGCGCGCAGCGUUUGCAGCGAGCCGGCGCUCCGUGCCACGCCAAGCGCUGCUCCGAUGGCACCCCCGCACGCGCGCGCAUAGGCUCACGCUGCCCCACAGGAACCUCGUCGAGGCAAAAAAGUUCGUCGAGUCGGCACCGCAGACGCUCAAGGAGGGCCUGCCGAAGGACGAGGCCGAGAAGCUGCAGAAGGCCAUCGAGGCCGCCGGCGGCGUCGUCGAGCUGGUCUAGACGCCGGCGAAAAGGGGGAAUGGCACAUGAUGAUAAUGCAAGGGCGAGAUAGACUACAGAGGGGGUAUGGAUAGCGCGCGGCCCAGGUGACGGAGGUUACAGAGCAAUGACGACGGCAGACAAGCCACUCCGAGACGAUACACAAGCUCAGGCGACGCGCGCCAGGUUCUCGGCGACGUGCGCCACGGUCCCUCGCCGCCGGUUCGCCGCCUCGACCUCCUUCUCCUUCUGCUUGAUCUGCUCGUUCAUCUCCGCGACGCGCUCCUUUGCGCCCUGCCGCUCGCGCUUGUACUUCUCCUCGGCCUGGCGGCAGCGCAUCUCGAGCUCCUUGAUGCGCG